GAAAUUAUAACCAGUUCACGUCAUUGACCCGUGUUCUCGCCAUUGUUUUGAAACGUUGUUUUGGAUCAUCUUGGGUAUUCCCAGAUUCCAGGACCUAGGGACAGCUCCGAGUUUCCAUUACUGAGGUGCAAAAUCGCAAGCACAGCAAAAACGAGGCCCGCACUGCACCCAAGCGAGCGGUCUGGCUUUCUUCUCAUUUGGACUUGUUUUUGUGGCACCCUCCGAUCGACAUAGGUUCGCCCAAGUGAUGCUCGCCCGCUCCACCAAAGAAGCGCACCGUCUUCGAACCCGUUCAUCCCAACUUCACCCAGACACAGCGGGCGUCAGUUCACUUCCCUUGUCCACACACACAGACAACGGCUGUCAUCCCAACUCUUCCACUUCCAUCCCUUCCUUGACUGUCACCUGCUUGGCAUCUGGAAACACACCUCUACACUACAUCAGCACAUGGUGAUCGGAGAGCAUCCAAAAAAGAAAACUUGAAUGAAAAACAAAAACAGAAGAAAAAAGGGAAGAGGCAUUCCACUUUGUUACUAGGUUCCCCUCAAAUCAAUAGCACAUCACUGGCUUCGCACCAUCGUAUCCGAAUCCAGAACGCUUAUCUGGGUGACAUUGACCGUCGUACCGCCUCUUUUUAGAAGGUAGAGGUAGAGCACCGCCCUCUACACCCGGAAGCACCACGGAACCGGCUUACACACAGGCGGACGGACCAUUAGGUUAGGUUGUGCUUGGCUUAGCUCCAAGACACAUACCAUUGGAACACCAACCAACCUGCUCAAAAGAAUCUCGCCAAAGCCCGCGCCCCCUGUCCAUCGCGCCCAUUUCCAACUAACCCCAUCACCUCAGCACUCGCCCUUCGGCCAAAGACUGUUCCUUGCUACCUACCGCUGUCGCCGACUUUUCUCUCCGACAACAAAACACGCUCAAAACACCACCACAACCUCCGAUACACAACAGCCCGGGUCUCAAUCACUGCCGCGCAAGCCGCCCUGCAAGCAAGCAGUCUUUGCUUUUCAGCUCUCUCAGCCUGUCCUUUGCCGCCCAAUAGCUGAUCGCCCAGGUCCCUCUGCGUUUGCCCCUGCGUCUGCGACUCGACGCCCAGAACUGUCCGCCAGCCGAGUAGCCGCUAGUUUUAGGUGACGGAUCCGCAUCGCGCUAUAUCCAGCCAGAGAGCGGUCUUCGUUCCAUCUUGCGCCUCAACUCCUCAAACAACUCCCCCAUCAGAGUCCAAGAAAACCCUUUCGCAAAUCGCGACUGAUUGCUUUUCAAUCUGCGUGGUGCUGGACUAGGGCUCAGCCCAUCUAAAGGUACGUUUGCUUGCGCACUAGCCAUUUCCACUGUCUGGUCAAUUAUUUCAUCCUGUUUCUCACCAUCAACAAUGCGCAACUGUUUGCGCUUGCUUGGCUUCCCUUAUCUCGGAGCCUUCGGCGCCUUGGUGGCUCCUCCUUUUCUCUUUCCAUUUGGACCUUGCGUCCAGUGCUUUUUCUCAUACUCACCAAUGAGCAUCUCGAGUCCCUGCCUAUUGCUAACAUGACACCCCGGAUCAGAAGGGACUUCCCACGGUUGGAACGUCAGGUUUUCAACAUGUCCAGCAACAACACAACAACGGUCAACGACCCUACCACGGCGGCCCCGCCUGGGCCGACCACUAUCAUCAGCACCACUUCAGUACCGUCAGUGCAGCCGCCUAUUAGUACAACCUCCUCGGCUUUGCCGACUUCUCCUUCAUCAUCCUCAGCUGUACCACCACCACCGCCGCCAUCAUCAACGCCUAAUACCUCGACGACGCAACAGCCGCCACCAAUAAGCUCUACCACAGCUCCGCCAACGACAUCAACACCGGCGCCGCCCACCACUACGCAGCAGCCGAGCACGGAAACUUUUACUAGCGUCCAGAUCAUCACGACUGAAGGGGAAACACGAACCAAGAUUACGCAAAUCAUUACUACCGAGACAGUAGUACCCUCGGCGAACCCCACCACCUCCACUUCUUCGACCACCACCACAUCGGCCGGGGCCAUUGAUGCUACUAAGGGUGCUUCCUCUGGCGGUGGUGGAUUGGGUAGCGGUGGGAAGAUCGCCAUUGCGGUAGUGGUGCCCAUUGUUGCCGUUGCCCUUUUGGUAUUGGCCGGUAUCUUCCUCUGGAGAAAGCGGAAGCAAAGGAGGGAUGCCGAGGAACAGAGGCGAAGGGAAGUGGAGGACUAUGGCUACAACCCCAAUGUCGACCCUACGAUACCUGCCGUUGCCGGCGGUGGUGCUGCCGGAGUGUAUGAGAUGAGGGAGGAUGGAACGUCCGGGUACAGGGGCUGGGGCUCUACGACCCUCGCGAGUUCGGCUGGAAGGAAGGCUUCAACGACCAUUUCAGGCGGCAUGCCUGGCGUUGCCUAUUCCGACACCACAUCACCAACCCGGGGAACCGUAUCCGACGCACGAUCUGGCGAGCCGUUGAUUGAACCACCUUCGCCCGAAGGCGAGAUCCUGGGAGCAAUGGGACCCUCAGCCGGUGACAGCCCAGACGCCAAUGUUCACCGAGGACCCUCAAACGCCUCGUCUCAUUACAGCACAGCUGCCCGCUCUGACGAGUCCGGCGAAGCCCCUAUCGGAGUUGCCUAUGGAGGAAGAACUAGUUACUAUGAGCCCCAGCAGUACGGUGCCGCCAAACCAUACAACAGCCCCGAGGGUGCCUAUAACGGACCAGUUGCCCCGAACAACUUUACUCCCGCAGGACCCCCGGUCAUUCGAGAUGUUGUGGCGAGGAGGAACACUCGCAUUGAAAAUUCCGGCCACUACCCUCAGCAAACGGCUGGCAUCUCGCAGAAUUUUUAAAGGGCAAGAACUAGUUGUUGACGGUCGUCGCUAGUUAUCUCUUUGUUUCGACCGCUGUAUAUCAUGGUCCACGCGUCGUUUUUUCCCGCUCAUAGGAUACCCAUUUUGACUGUUCGAGUCGCGCUAUCGUUAUUGUUUUCGCUCGGCAGAAACGUUCGUUGGUUUUUAUUUGGCUACUUAUCUCCGCCCUCGCUCUUGGCGAUAGCCGCGUCAGCGAAGGGGGCCUUUGGAUGCAGUUUCGUGGAUUCUGGUCCUCCAACCAUUCUCCUGUUCUAGUCAAAGGCCGCCGGCAGGAGGUGGUGGUUUUAAUCUCGGAUGCGACAACGCGUGAUUAGAUAGAAAAGCGGCUGGUUUUUCUUUUUGCUUUUUUUUUUCUCAUAUCAGUGCGCGGUACAUUUACACAUUCGCUGCACAUAUCUUUAGAGUCGGGAGGUUGUGGCCUAGGGCAAGAGUCGAGAAGAGUCCCAAGGAGAAGAGGAAACCACCUGAGCGCCUAGGGUUCAGGAAGCAUGAGGAAAAAGGAGGAAGGGGGAAAGGAAGCGAAUGAAAGGGCCACGCAUGGUUUCUAAGCUGCGUCGCAUCGGAUGAUGUUAAUGAGGCGCGAGGCGCUUGGUUGAUUCUAUGGAAGUAACGGUCCUUUUGUUGUGGGAAUGAUGCUGCGUUUUGCCCAGCUCAAGGGGAGACAGGGACAGUUGGGAAUGGGUUCACGUGUCUAAUAGAGGUGUGGUGGAUAUCUAUCUGUUUUUGUUUAUGGAUGGGAUGGAGUGGGAGAUGGAGGAGAUUUGGUUUGCUAGCUGGGUGAAGAGAAAGCAGGGACGGAAAGAUGAUGUGAACAAGAGUCUAUCCUUAACAUACCUUCCACAUAUCUCCCAGCUACCACUUUGGUUAUCUACUACUACUACUACUACUACUACUUUAUGAUAAUGCUAUAAUGCAGUUACAUAUCCGUAUACU